AAAAGAUGAAUGGGUGCUCCGGGGCAGAGCUUAAGGGAGUCUGCACGGAGGCGGGCAUGUAUGCACUUCGAGAGCGACGUGUGCAUGUUACUCAGGAAGAUUUCGACCUGGCUACUGCGAAGAUCCUCAACAAACAUGAUGACAAGGAAGUUGCAGUAUCGAAGCUCUUCAAGUAGAUGGAAUGGCGACCCGAAAACGGUUCCCUCGUACGGGUCACAUAGUGAUACUGAUAGUCCUGUUUAUCUCAUCUGAUUUGAAAUGGCUCUCGUCAGCCAAGCCGUUCCUAGAGCUUGUGGUCUAUUCCUGUUGCCUCCCAGCAACAAUCAAAUUCUCUUUGGGAGAAACUUCGCGGGUCAAAUGCAAGCAGGGAAUCAUGUAUAUUGACACGAAAUGUCUAACAAGUUGGUUGUUGAGUCGAACCGGGCCUAUAUGCAAGUACUGCGUAGCGGUGGCGAUAUUAUAUGUUGGAAUAAACUUCAGCUGCCAACAAGCUUACCGUUCCUUGCCCGGCAGUGAGACAACCACUAUUAUCACGUGUCCAUCUGCAAAUAGACCGUGCCGGGUAAGCGAUCAUAAUUGGCCUGUAUAGAUAGUGUGUUGUACGUAGCCAAGCGCGAGUUCCAGGUCGCAGCAACAUUAAGUCGACGAUGGAUGGGCUUUGUUCUGCUUAGCGGCAUUCCAAGUGAGUCGACGAUUGCGCAAGAGUGAUCAUC